CCGGAAGUAAUGACGUAGAAAGGCAAGAAAAAGAAAAAACAAAUUGUCACGCCUUUCCUUUCUCAAAAAUGAUGCAGUUUAUGUUACUGUUUAGUCGACAGGGAAAGCUGAGACUGCAGAAAUGGUAUACUGCUCACCCAGAUAAAGUGAAAAAGAAAAUCACUAGAGAAUUGGUGGCCAUGGUUUUGUCUCGCAAACCUAAAAUGUGUAGCUUCUUGGAGUGGAAAGAUCUCAAAAUUGUGUACAAAAGAUAUGCUAGCCUGUACUUUUGCUGUGCAAUAGAGGCAGAAGACAAUGAACUCCUAACCUUAGAAAUCAUACACAGAUAUGUAGAGCUAUUGGAUAAGUAUUUUGGAAGUGUUUGUGAGCUAGACAUCAUCUUUAACUUUGAGAAAGCCUACUUUAUGUUAGAUGAGCUGCUACUGGGUGGAGAGGUUCAGGAAACAAGUAAAAAGAAUGUCCUAAAAGCCAUCGCUGCACAGGAUCUCCUCCAAGAGGAAGAGACUCCUCAGGGCUUCUUUGAGGACCAUGGUCUCGGUUGAUUGAGCAGCUGCAUGCGCAUGACAAUGGUAGUCAAGUGGAGGCAGAGAAAUUUAACGGUUAUGGACAAUUUACUAACAUUACACCUGCUUCUGGUUUACUUUGUAUCGCAUUAUCAUCCAUGACCUUGCCCAUUACCUUUGUAAUAAUUCUGUAUAUUCUGUGUGUGGUAAACGUAACAAUUAAAUUAGUUAACCUAAGUUACAAAAUGGCAUAAGGAUUUAUAGUUAAAAUGAAGACAAUUUUAGAAGCAUGAAUUGUACAAUACAAUACAGAACUUUGUCGGUGCAUGUUAUUGUAAGGAUGUUUCCUGUGAAAAAAAAGAAUUCCUAAAUAAAUGUAUGUUACAAUGAUAAAAAAAGAAGGUGGUGCUUAUAAUGAUUUUUUCCACAUCAGGUAGUGCUAAUAUAUUUCUAAGUAACUAUAUUAUCUGUUGAAAAAUAACAUUUACCAUGAAAGUGAAUGGAGAAAAAUUGGCUGUGAACUAAAACAUGUUAAAGGUGCACUCUAAUAAUGCUACACUGUACUUCUCUCUUUUAUAUCAGUGACUUCUGCUCCAGCAAUCACUAAAAUUGAAAAUCUGUGUUUAGGGCCAUCAUUGCUUUUUACUACUGCACCAGCUAGACAAGUCAUCACACUGGUAAAUGGUCUCUAUAGUAACAUCAAUUGACAAGAGUUCACUUUCAUUGUAAAUGUUCUCCAGGUUUUUAUGUAAAAUACUGAUGUCAAAUUGCUAUUGUGAAAUUAUAAAUAAAUAAUAAAUAUUUA